AUGGUGGCUGUCUUCUACAAAGACAUGUUGAGCUGCAUACUUCCUUUACGCGAAGUCACCGGAUCCGAAGCAAACCAAAACAAUCAGAACCACGAGCAGACUCUGUCCGAAACCGGUAAGAUCGAGGUAACCAAAGAGAGUCCAAGAGAGACCAAAGAUGAUUGGGUGAUAUCAAUCAUAGACAAACUUGAGCAAGCAGAUAGAGAUGACGAUACAACAAUCUGGGGAAAGGUCUGUAUCUACAGAGUUCCAGAUUACUUGCAAGAAAACGACAACAAAUCGUAUGUCCCUCAGACCAUCUCGCUUGGUCCGUACCACCAUGGCAAGAAACGGCUCCGUUUCAUGGACCGCCACAAAUGGCAUGCGGUCAAUAGAAUCUUGAAACGUACGAACCAAAAUAUUAAAAUAUAUAUUGAUGCAAUGAGAGAGCUCGAGGAGAAGGCUCGAGCUUGCUAUGAAGGUCUUUUGGGUUUGAGCAGUAACGAGUUUGUCGAGAUGCUUGUUCUUGAUGGUUGUUUCGUGUUAGAGCUCUUCAGAGGAGCCGUUGAAGGAUUUACGGAACUCGGAUAUGCACGUAAUGAUCCGGUUUUUGCCAUGAGAGGAUCAAUGCAUUCAAUUCAACGUGAUAUGAUAAUGCUGGAAAAUCAACUCCCUUUGUUCAUUCUAAACCGGUUAUUAGAGCUACAGCUUGGUACAAAGAGCCAAACCGGUUUAGUAGCGCAAUUAGCAUUUCGGUUCUUUGAUCUACUAAUGCCAACGGACGAGCCAAUGACCAAAACCGACCAGUCAAAACUUGAGAACUAUCUGGGAGAGGAUAAAGCCUUUGACCCAUUCGCCGACAUGAGAGAGUUGCACUGCCUUGAUGUUUUUCGUCGAAGUCUGCUCUGGUCUAGUCCUAAACCAGAGCCAAGGAGAAGGAAAACCGACCGGUUUUGGGAUAUUCAAUUCAAUAAAGGUUAUCUAGAGAUACCGAGGCUACUUAUUCAUGAUGGUACCAAGUCUCUUUUCUUGAACCUUAUAGCUUUUGAGCAGUGUUAUAUUGACUCAGCAAUGACAUAA